AGAUACCAAAACCCUAGUUAACGGAGAUGGAGGCGCCAUUUGCGGGGGAUGGAGUCAUGGCACUUAUGCCUCAGGAGCCGGUGAGUUCGAUCGAUCCCGCUGCGGUUCCUUCCUCUUCUUCGAAUUCUACGGUGGCGGCUUCUGGAGAGAGCAAUUCGGUGUAUAACUCCCCGAUGUUGAUAUUUGUGUUAUUUCACAAAGCGAUCAGGUCGGAGCUCGACCGGCUUCACCAAGCCGCGGUGUCGUUUGCGACCGAUGAAGGUGGGGAUGUUCGCUGGUUGUCGGAGAGAUGCCGAUUUCUAUUCGAUAUCUAUAAGCACCACUGCAAUGCCGAGGACGCGGUCUUUCCAUUGCUCGUAGAGAAAUUUUCAUUUGAAGAGCAAGCUGAUCUGGUAUGGCAAUUUUUCUGUAGCAUCCCCGUGAACAUGAUGGCGGAAUUUCUCCCUUGGCUCUCUUUUUGCAUCUCAUCUGACGAGCAUCAGGAUAUGAUAAAAUGUUUGUUGAAGAUUGUUCCAGAAGAAAAGCUUCUUCAAGAAGUGAUAUUCACUUGGUUGGAUGGGAAACAUAUGAACAGUGUUGACCAAAAUCAUAUAAGAAAAUUCGAGCGACAUUUUGAUACUGGAUCAUGCAAAUUUUCUGGCCAAUCAGAAAAAAAGAGGGUUUCAUUUGAAAACUUAACAUGUAGAAAGAGAAAAUAUGCAGAUUUGGAUUGCGAGCCAGGGGAUUUGCUUGGACACCCUCAUCCAAUAAAUGAGAUACUGCAUUGGCAUAAUGCUAUCAAGAACGAGUUAAAUGAUAUCACAGCUGAGGCAAAGAGGAUACAACUUUCAGGGGAUUUCGAUAAUCUUUCCAAUUUUGAUGCCAGACUACAAUUUAUUGCUGAUGUUUGCAUUUUCCAUGGCAUUGCGGAAGAUCAGGUUAUUUUUCCAGCAGUAGAUGGACAGGUUUCUUUUGUACAGCAACAUGCAGAAGAGGAAAAUCAGUUUAACAAAUUUAGACUUCUAAUUGAAGAAAUCAAAAGUGCAGGGUCAAGUUCUAGCACUGCUGACUUCUAUUCAAAUUUGUGUUCUUAUGCUGAUCAAAUUAUGGAAGCAAUUCAGACGCACUUUCAUAGUGAGGAAGUUGAGGUUCUUCCUCUUGCUAGGAGGCAUUUCUCUCCUGAUAAACAGCAGGAAUUAUUGUAACAGGAAUUAUUGUACAAAAGCUUGUGUGUAAUGCCUCUGAGACUGUUAGAGCGUGUUCUACCUUGGUUGAUUUCAAAACUUACUGAUUUAGAGGCGAGGGCUUUUCUCCACCACAUGUGUUCUGCAGCACCGCCAUUAGACUCUGCACUGGUAACUCUCUUCUAUGGUUGGGCUUGUAAGGGUCGAACCCCAGAUAUAUUCGAUUCUUGCAAGUUUAAGUGUUUAUCUUCAGACACCAUUAAUGGUUGCUGCCUGUCAGAAGAUAGCAAUGAGAGAGGUUUAGGCUUUAGUUCUGGAAUCUGUACAUAUGCCUGCAUGCGUCGCAGCAAACUUGAACCACAAUCACAAAUCAAGCAAACGGAGCGUGAAGUUAAUCAAUCAAUAUCAUUCUUGGAUGAUGAUCAAUCAGGGAGAGUAGAGGCUCAAAGUUUCUCGUGUGUUACAGCUUGCCGCAUCCCUACAUUAGGAGUUGAUGGCAGCAACAACUUAGGAUUUAGUUCCCUUGCUUCCGGGAAAGUGCUCCGGUCAUUCUCUUAUAACUCAACUGCUCCUCUAAAUUCCAGUCUCUUUCUCUUGGAAACAGAUUCAUUUUCAUCCAAUAUGGAGAAUGCUAUUAGACCAAUUGAUAAUAUUUUUAAGUUUCAUAAAGCAAUCCAAAAAGAUUUAGAGUAUCUUGAUGUUGAGUCUGAAAAGCUUAUAAACUGCGAUGAAUCUUUUCUUCGGCAAUUCAGUGGAAGAUUUCGUCUACUUUGGGGUCUAUACAGAGCUCACAGCAAUGCUGAAGAUGACAUUGUUUUCCCUGCGUUAGAGUCAAGAGAGUCGCUUCACAAUGUCAGCCAUGCAUAUACUCUUGAUCACAAGCAGGAGGAGAAGCUGUUUAAAGAUAUAUCUGAAGUUCUUUCAGAACUUACACAAUUGCAUGAUGGCCUGGCGAAGAGAGAUGGCAAUAUGGAUGUAUUAGCUAACAAAAGUUGGAAAAGGAAGAAUAAUGAACUUAUUACAGAGCUUCAAGGCAUGUGCAAAUCAAUACGAGUUACACUGGAUCAACAUAUUUUUAGAGAAGAACUUGAGUUGUGGCCUUUGUUUGAUAAACAUUUUUCUAUUGAGGAGCAGGACAAGAUUGUGGGCCGUAUAAUUGGAACAACUGGAGCGGAGGUUCUACAGUCAAUGUUGCCAUGGGUUACUUCAGCACUCACGCAAGAGGAGCAGAACAUGAUGAUGGAUAUGUGGAGGCAGGCAACAAGAAAUACUAUGUUCAAUGAGUGGCUAAAUGAAUGGUGGAAGAGUGCUCCAAGUUGUUCACAAGAUGAAACACAGAAUGGAGGUCUUCCAGAAGGCGGUGAUUCCCAAGAAAAUUUUGAUCAAAAUGGCCAAAUGUUCAAGCCCGGAUGGAAAGAUAUUUUUAGAAUGAAUCAGAAUGAGCUUGAGGCUGAGAUAAGGAAGGUCUCCAGGGAUGCUACACUUGAUCCACGAAGAAAAGCAUAUCUUAUUCAAAAUCUUAUGACGAGCCGCUGGAUUGCUGCUCAACAAAAGCUGCCUCAAGCUAAAAAGGGAGAUAGUCAAAGAGAUGAUCUAUUGGGAUUUUUCCCAUCAUUUCGAGAUCCUGAGAAGAAAACAUAUGGCUGUGAGCACUACAAAAGAAAUUGUAAGCUUUUAGCAGCUUGCUGUAACAAGUUGUUUACGUGCCGUUUCUGCCAUGACAAAGUUAGUGAUCAUUCGAUGGAAAGAAAAGCAACCUUGGAAAUGAUGUGCAUGCGUUGCUUAAAACUUCAGCCAAUUGCAGCAACUUGUAAAACGCCUUCCUGUAAUGGAUUUUCUAUGGCUAAGUACUACUGCAACAUCUGUAAAUUUUUUGAUGAUGAAAGGACGGUCUAUCACUGCCCCUUCUGCAACUUAUGCCGUGUUGGUAGAGGACUUGGAGUCGACUUUUUUCAUUGCAUGAAAUGUAACUGUUGCCUCGGAAUGAAAUUAGUAGAACAUAAAUGUAGAGAAAAAGGGCUCGAAACUAAUUGCCCAAUUUGCUGUGAUUUUCUUUUCACAUCAAGUGCUGCCGUAAGAGCUCUACCUUGUGGUCAUUUUAUGCACUCAGCAUGCUUUCAGGCUUAUACUUGCAGUCACUACACCUGUCCUGUUUGCAGCAAAUCUUUAGGAGACAUGGCGGUAUAUUUUGGCAUGCUUGAUGCAUUACUGUCCGCUGAAGAGCUUCCUGAGGAAUACAGAAACAAGUGUCAGGAUAUACUUUGCAACGACUGCGAUAAAAAGGGAACUUCUCGCUUCCAUUGGCUCUACCACAAAUGUGGUUUCUGCGGCUCGUAUAACACUCGAGUUAUCAAGACCGAGUCUUAUUGUUCGACAUCCAAUCCUUAAUUUUCACAUCAAUUCAACCAAGGUGUGUAGAUAUGCAAUUUUACAUUUUGCAGGAGAUCAAACUGCAAAGAAAUUAUACACUUAGGC